CUAAACUUGCACACACUUGUUUGUGUAUGCCAGCGCAUGUCGCCUCCUCCACUGGCGAUUCACCAGGGCCAGUGCCUCGGUCGCGAAAUCUCACGCCGACCCAACGCCGCGUUGUGUACGAGAAGCUUCUCGAAAGCUUUCGUGCUGGGAAGUUGUCCCACGGUGCUUUCAAGGAAGUGUUUCUACUGUUUGGUUGUCACUGGAAGACAAUAUCACGCGUCUGGACACGAGGACGUGAGUCCUUGGUAGGCAGCGGCACUUUGGCCAACGUUGCGUCCAAAAUUCCUGAAAUGUCGGUAGAAAAAUGAAGCGGUCGCACGAAGAAGUGAAGGCAGCGAUCCGUGCUGUUCCCCACCACUCUCGAGAAACAUUGCAGUCGUUGGCAGCCGCCUGUGCCAUCCCGAAGACAGCGAUCGUACGACACCUGAAGGCAGUCGCUCGUUUUAAGGCCCGGUCUAGUUAUGUCAAGCCGUUCCUCACCGCCGACAACCGCCACGCCUGGGUGGAGUAUGCAAUGUCGUUUCUGACCCUUCGUCGAGUGGAAAUCAUAUUUUCUCCGGCAUGUACGAUUAUGUGCAUGUCGACGAAAUAUUGUUCGACUUGACUAAGGUUAAGAGAAGGUAUUACGUUUACGACGACGAAGUCCUCGCCUUGCGCUCCAUCAAGUCCAAGUCCUUCAUAACGAAAGUGAUGUUUUUAGCCGCCGUUGCUCGCCCGCGAUACGACUACGGCCGCAAGCAAGCCUUCGACGGCAAAAUUGGUGUUUGGCCGUUUGUGACGAAAGCGGCUGCAGCUCGCGCGAGCAAGAAUCGACCAAAGGGUACUAUUCUUACGGUUCCUUUGACCGUCAACUGCAACGUAUACGAAGACGUCGUGCUCGAGAAGUUGGUCCCCGCCAUCAAGAGCAAGUUCCAAGAAGCGCCCAAGGGCAAGGGAGCUUUGUCCAACAAGACAAUGCAAGUCCAUAUCAACGAGUGAGGACAAAGUUCCUCGAGUCUCGUGGUAUUCAAGGCGUGAAGAUCGCAAACCAGCCUGCGAAUAGCCCAGAUUUUAAUGUUCUCGACAUAGGAUUUUUUAACUCGAUCCAAAGUCUUCAGUAUCAAAAGUCUUCUCAUUCAAUCGAGGAGCUUAUUGAUGCUGUUGAAAGCGCG